AAAAAGGUGAGUCAUCUACAUCCUUCAAAGUAUUGUUGAAACUAACAGGUUAUAUAUAUAUAUAUAUUCAAAAGGAACCUUGUGUGUACUCCAAUAUUAGCGAUGGCCAGCGUUAAAUCCAUUGCUGAUACACCCAACUUAACCUCCAUUCCUUCUUCUUUUAUCUUUGCUACCGAUGACAGCUUUGACGAUGUCACUGCUGAUGCUUCCCCGCAAGGUGCAGAAGAUUCGAUUCCCAUCAUUGAUUUAUCUCUUCUCAUCAAUGGUACUCCCCAACAACGAGCCAAAGUCGUCAAUGAGCUUGGGAAGGCCUGCGAGGAUUGGGGGUUCUUCAUGGUGGUGAAUCAUGGAGUGGAGGAGAAGUUGAUGAAGGAAUUAAUGGAAAUUUGCAUAGAAUUUUUUGAACUAAAGGAGGAAGAGAAGAGAGAGUAUGAAACAAAGCAUGUGCUUGACCCAAUCAGAUAUGGCACCAGCUUCAAUCCUAAGGUGGAGAAGGCCUUCUUUUGGAGAGAUUAUUUGAAAAUCAAGGUUCAUCCCAAGUUUCAUGCCCCAACUAAACCAACAAGAUUAAGAGGGAUCUUGGAAGAGUAUUGCACAAGAGUUAGAGAAACGACAAGAGAAUUAGUGAGAGGAAUAUCAGAGAGCUUGGGAUUGGAAGGGUGUUUUUUGGAGAAAGCAACCGAUCUAGAGUCAAGCUUAAUACUAUUUGCGGCAAAUUUGUAUCCACCAUGUCCACAGCCAGAGCUUGCAAGGGGUUUACCAUCUCAUUCUGAUUUAUGCCUUCUCACUAUUCUUAUUACAAACGAAAUUGCUGGCCUUCAAAUCUUACAUCAUGAUAAGUGGUUCAAUGUCAAUCCCAUUCCCAACUCAUUAAUUAUUAAUGUUGGUGAUCAACUUGAGAUCUUGAGCAAUGGGAAGUACAAGAGCGUUUUGCACCGAGCAAAGGUGAAUGAUAAGGCCACAAGGAUUUCAAUAGGCAUGGCAGUUGGGCCAUCACAUGAAACGGUGGUUGGUCCUGCACCUCAAUUGAUAAAUGAGCACACCAAUAAUCCUCCCAUGUUUAAGAGCAUCAAAUACAAAGAUUAUAUGGAAAUUAUGCAAUCUAACCAACUUCAAGGGAAAUCUAUAUUGGAUCGCUUUCGUUUGCACCGUUGAACCUAUUUCAAUAUAAUUGUAAUCUACCUUGGAUUGUAAUCACAACCUUAAUUAUUGUGCAUGCUUUGAAAUUCCAUUUUUUUUAUCAAUAGUAUGUGGUGAUGUCAAAAUUUGAAUGGGUAAAACUGUACUUGAUAUU